AUGCCAGCCUUUGCCUGCCAGUCAGCCGUGCACAGAGCCUGUAAGGCCUAUAGAGAAGCCGAGCACCAGUCUCUUCUACAGAACCUGGCUGCCUACCGUGACUGUCUGGAUGUGCAGACACCCGAGGCCACACCUGAGCCUGAUCCAGCCCCAGUCCCCAAGGACAGCUAUGACAAAGACUCCAGGGGAACCCUGUCUACCCAGGAGGCCCCUUUGAGGGUGCAUUGCUCACUUAGGGAGGAAGUGGCACUGGACUUGAGUGUAAAGAAACCCAUGGCAGAGGCUCCUCCUAUCAAGGUCCCUAGUCCUGCGGUAUGCGCCAAGCUCCCUGUAGCUGUGGGGGUGCCAGAUGCAGGGAGCACAGUCUCGGAGCUGCCUGGGGUGCCAGUGACCACAGAGACCACCCCAAAGACCAACCUCCACAGCUCUGUGGCCUUCGUGUUCCGAAAAUUCAAGAUCCUCUGCCUGGCACCCUUGUCUGUAGCUAUGGCCCCAUCUGUGCCCACCUCAGUCCCUUCCUCUGACCAGCCUGCACCCACCCCUACAUCUGUGCCCACUGGACUACAGAUUCUCAAACAGCCCUUGCCCAUGGCCUGCUUUGAUCUGGCACUGCCCAGUUCUCCAGGUGUAUUCGUGGCCACCCCAGCACCUACUCUGCCUCCAUCACCUGCUUCAGCCCAGGCUCCGACUCCAGCUUCACCCAUCACAGUGGAUUCCCCAGAGCAACGCUUUGCACGAUUGCACGAAUCCCUGUGUGAUGCCAUCUCGGGCUCAGUGGCCCACUCCCCACCUGAGAAGCUUGAAUGGAUUGAGAUGGCUGGGCCUUGGGGCGGGGCAGCACGGCAGGAUGGCCAGGCAGUCCAGGGUGUUGGGCAAGCUGCUGUCCCAGUGCAGCGCUUUGUGUGCACCUGGCAGUGCCCCUUCCCCCACGUGGUGUGGGCCAGCGCCAUCUUUGUGCCCAUCCACCUGGUGAAGGAGCAGCUUUCCCCGAGGCUGCCGCCUGCUUCUGUGGACCACGUGCUGCAGGAGCACCGCGUGGAGCUCCGGCCCACCGCAUUGUCAGAGGAGAAGGCACUGCGGGAGCGAGCCCGGCAUAGCUGCUCCUCACGCAUGCUGAAGUCGCUGGCACUGCGCCAGCUGCCUGAAUACCCUGACCUGCUGGGCCCGCAGCGGCGUGACUGUGGACGCCGCCAGCUGAAACCCAUCCUGGCCAGAGAUGAGCCAGGGAGCCUAUCUCUGGCUCAGAAGACUCCCAUCUCCAAGGCCAGGAAGCCAGGGAGGAAGCUACCAACUCCUGGUCAGAGAAAGCAGAGGCAACUGCCGGGGGAGGGUCCUGCUGUGCCUCACCUGCCCCCGAUGCCAAGCUCCAAGGAGGGUGUCAUAGAGGAGCUGGCCGACGGGUUCACUUAUGCCACCAACCGGUACCAGGUGCAGGAGCGCCAGGCCAGGAAAACCGUCCAACGCCAGUGCCGGUCUGAGAGCUCCGAGGAUGACAUCAUCGAGGUGCUGGUCCACGGGCCCCACUACACCACCUACCGGGUCAGGGUGCAGGUGCACCAGGCCGACAACCCUGUCCAGGGCUGGGCCAUCACUUCCAUGAUGGGAACCUGCCCAGACCAGGUGCAGGGCUUCGGCCGGGCUCUCCGCUUCCCCUGGUUGGAGCUGAAGCAGGCCCUGGUGCAGGUCCGCCUCCCUGCCUCACAAGAGGCUGAGGCCGGGAAUCGACAGCAGUGCCCAGGCCUCAGGUCAGCCGCCAGCUCCUUCAGCGGCGUCUCGGGAAGCGCCACAGUUCUCACGGGGAAUUAG